GCUUUCCAAUCCCUACUUCGUCUCCUCACUCCGCCCGGCCCCCUCCUCCGCCCCCGCCCUCCUCCUCCUCUCUCUGGACAUCUUCUUCUUCAGAGAGGGUUUUCGGCUUUUGGGGCACUGCACUGGAAAAUGACGAAAUUCAGAAAGCUCAAUCGGCCAACCGGCCACCGAAUGUCAAUGCUUAGGACUAUGGUAUCGCAGUUAGUGAAGCAUGAGCGGAUCGAGACCACAGUUGCUAAGGCAAAGGAAGUUCGUCGGCUUGCUGAUAAUAUGGUACAGCUUGGAAAAGAGGGAACUCUUUGUGCUGCAAGACGUGCUGCUGCCUUUGUUCGUGGGGAUGAUGUGAUUCAUAAACUCUUCACAGAAUUGGCCCAUCGAUACAAGGAUCGGGCUGGUGGAUACACUAGGUUGCUCCGAACUCGGAUUCGCGUUGGUGAUGCCGCACCAAUGGCUUAUAUUGAGUUUAUAGAUAGAGAAAAUGAACUUAGGCAAGCUAAGCCACCAAACCCGCAACCACCACAAAAGGCACCCUUAGAUCCAUGGACAAGAUCCCGGCUGACCCGACAAUUUGCCCCAUCUAAAGAAACAAAACCUUCUGAAUCUGACAGUUGAUUGGAAGUCAGUCGGGGAUGCCAGAGUUGUGUUUUCGUCUUCAUCCUGGUACACGUGAACUCUCUGUUUGCAUAAGCUAUAUUGUUCAUCCGGGUAUCGAAUUUUGGUUGAAUGCUAUAGCAAAGAAUUUGAAAAAAAAAAAUAAUAUUUUGGUUUCAUUCUCUCAUUCAGGUUUAUUCUGUGAUGGUAUUUACUUACAUUACUAUUCAAUCUAGCAAUUACAUCUAAAAUGGUUUCAGGCAACAAUAAUAUUUAUUUAGCACUAUGACUUUACUCA